AUGGACCUGGGGGCCGGCGCCGGGCAGCAGCCGGCUCGCGGCCGCCUCGGCGCGCCGUCCUCAGGGACGCGGGCCCCGGGGACGCCCUGGGCACGCUUCUCGGCCUGGCUGGAGUGCGUGUGCGUGGUCACCUUCGACCUGGAGCUGGGCCAGGCACUGGAGCUGGUGUACCCCAGCGACUUCCAGCUCACGGACAAGGAGAAAAGCAGCAUCUGCUACCUGUCCUUUCCUGACUCCCACUCAGGCUGCCUCGGGGACACGCAGUUCAGCUUUCGCAUCCGUCAGUGUGGAGGACAGAGGCGCCCCGGGCACGUGGGUGAGAAGCGCGGCGACAGUGGGGCCCCCGCGUCUCUGCAGAGGGAGCCUGCACACUUCUUUGGCUACGUGUACUUCAGGCAGGUGAAGGACAGUUCCAUGAAGCGGGGCUACUUCCAGAAGUCGCUGGUGCUGCUGUCCCGCCUGCCCUUCGUCCGGCUGUUCCAGGCACUGCUGGGCCUGGUGGCCCCUGAGUUCUUUGACAAGCUGGCGCCCUGCCUGGAAGCAGUCUGCAACGAGAUCGACCAGUGGCCGGCACCCGCGCCAGGGCAGACCCUGAACCUGCCCAUCAUGGGAGUCGUCCUCCAGGUGCACAUCCCACUGAGAGCGGACACGCCUGAGCCCGGGCCUCCGAAGCAGAGCAGCCAUGAGACCCUGCUGCCGGCCCCGGUGGUCCUCCCCAGCGUCCACGAGCUGGACCUGUUCAGGUGCUUCCGGCCCGUGCUGGCCCACGUGCAGCUGCUGUGGGAGCUGAUGCUCCUCGGGGAGCCCCUGCUGGUCCUGGCGCCCUCGCCUGCUGUGUCCUCAGAGAUGGUCCUGGCAUUGACCAGCUGCUUGCAGCCCCUCAAGUUCUGCUGCGAUUACCGUCCCUAUUUCACCAUCCACGACAGCGAGUUCAAGGAGUUCACCACGCGCACGCAAGCCCCAACAAACGUGGUCCUGGGAGUCACAAACCCUUUCUUUAUCAAAACACUCCAGCAUUGGCCCCACAUUCUCCGAGUUGGGGAGCCCAAGAUGUCAGGGGACCUUCCCAAGCAGGUCAAACUGAAAAAGCCCUCGAGGCUGAAGACCCUGGACACCAAGCCAGGCCUCUACACUGCGUACACGGCCCACCUCCACCGAGACAAGGCCCUGCUCAGACGGCUGCUGAAGGGCCUGCAGAAGAAGCGGCCGUCUGAUGUGCAGACAGCAGUGCUGAGGCGGCACCUCCUGGAGCUCACUCAGAGCUUUAUCAUCCCUCUGGAGCACUACAUGGCCAGCCUCAUGCCGCUGCAGAAGGGCAUCGUGCCCUGGAAGACUCCGCCCCAGAUCCGCCCCUUCUGCCAGGAUGAAUUCCUGCAGGGCCUGGAGCGCGCGGGGCCCCAGCUCACCUGUGUCCUCAAGGGCGACUGGCUGGGCCUCUACAGGCGGUUUUUCAAGUCCCCCCAUUUUGACGGGUGGUACCGGCAGCGUCACAGGGAGAUGACCCAGAAGCUGGAGGUCCUUCACCUCGAGGCCAUCUGUGAGGCGGUGAGGGGGGGCUGGGGUGGGGGGUCUUGGAGGGGAGGCCACGGCCAGAACUGGGGGGACCUUGGAGACAGACAGCCUGUUGUCCGCACAGAACAUCGAGAUCUGGAUGAAGGACAAGUCCGAGGUGGAGGUCGUGGAUCUGAUCCUGAAACUUCGGGAGAGACUGGUUCGGGCACAGGGCCACCAGCUGCCCGUGAAGGAGGCAACACUGACGCGGGCACGGCUGUACAUCGACACGGCCAUCGGCUCCCUGCCCAAGGACCUGCAGGCCGUCCUGUGCCCUCCCUAGGACGGUGCCCGUGGGCUGUGGCCAGGGUCUGGCCGAGCCGCUGUCCUCCCCCGCCCUCCCCAACGAGCUCCCUGCUGCCUGCCACCUGGCACCGCUGUCGUCCAGCAGUAAAGGUGGCAUUUGGAACCGCAGCCUGGGCCCCGACUGUUGGCGGCUCAUGUGCUAGCCGAGCUUCACCCCACCCUGGGCCCCACCUGCCCGCUCUGAGGUCUUAGGCGAGUGGGGAGGCGGCACGCUGUGAGCCCUGGCUGAUCUGAUCUGGGCCAAGGCCACCCACCCCCUCCAGACGCCCAUCUGCCCGCACCCUGCAGGCCUGGGCAUUGCCUUUGAUGCGCCCUUUAGACCCACCAGGACGCCCGGCUCAGGACAGAAGACAGAAGGAGGUGGCUGCCAGGCAGACGCCUCCCUCACACAGGCGUGCCCCCCCACCUUCUUGCCUGGAGCGGAAUCUCUCCUCCAGUUCUCGCCUGGGAGGGGAGGAGCCGCUUCGACCAGAGGAGUGCUGCCCUGUGGGUUCCACUCGAGGGACACCCUACUGGGCACCCCUCCGGCGCUCGGCCCUGCCCACCCCAGGCUCACAGGCGCUCCAGUGGCCCCCCGUGUGUCCAUCAGCCCCCGCAGGCAAAAAAGGGUCUUGGACUCUAGCUAGACCUGGGCCCUGCAGCUAGAGCCCUCCCCAGCCUCCAGAGUUUCAGGGCCCCAGGCUCCUUGACAAGGAGUGAAAGGCCCCCCAAAGUGACCCACGCCCCCGUGGGACACCGUGGAGCACUGGACCCAGGCCGGAUCAGUGCUGUCAGCUGCGCCCAGAGGGAAGCUUGGUCAGCCGGGGCAGGGAGGGGUGGGGCGAGGCCUGGACCCAGAGCCCCAGGCCUUCGGGAGGUCCCAGCCUCCCAGCGAAGUAGCCCGAGGCUGCA